UGGCUGGCGGGCCGGGGCGGGCGCGGCGGCCCUGCGCCGGGGCAGCGGGAUGUGCGCGGAGCUCCCGCCGCCUCUCCCCCGCGGGACGGAGCCGCGGGAGCGACGCCGGGGCGACGAGGCCUCCGGCCGGCCGCCCGCAUGGAGCUGAGCGGCGCGGAGGCGGCUUCCACCCGCUUCCUCGGCCUCACUCAGCGCUCUGUCUCUGAAGAUCUGGGUUGCAGACGUGGAGAGUUUAGCAGAAAGCAUUAUGGAUCAGUGGAGCUUCUUAUAUCUAGUGAUGCUGAUGGAGCCAUUCAAAGAGCUGGACGGUUCCGUGUGGAGAAUGGCUCCUCUGGUGAGAAUACAGACUAUACUCCGGGUACAUGGCACAGAACGGACGUGCAUUUGGAAAACCCAGAGUAUCAUACACGAUGGUAUUUCAAAUAUUUUUUAGGGAAAGUUCAUCAAAAUUAUAUAGGUACAGAUGCAGAGAAGAACCCUUUCUUUCUGUCCGUUGUACUGUCUGACCAAAAUAAUCAGCGUGUUCCUCAAUACCAUUCAAUACUGUGGAGAAAAACACUUUUCUCUUUACAGGGUACUCAGAAAAUAUGUCUGCCUUAUAGUCCCACAAAAACAUUAUCAGUGAAAUCUAUAUUAAGUGCUAUGAGUCUUGACAAAUUUGAGAAGAGCCCAAGGGAAAUUUUUCAUCCUGAGAUACAAAAGGAUUUACUGGUUCUUGAAGAGCAAGAGGGACCUGUGAAUUUUAAAUUUGGAGUCCUUUAUGCUAAGGAUGGGCAGCUUACAGAUGAUGAAAUGUUCAGCAAUGAAACUGGAAGUGAAAGCUUUCAAAGAUUUUUGCAUCUCUUGGGUGACACAGUUACUUUGAAAGGCUGGACAGGCUAUAGAGGAGGACUGGACACUAAAAAUGAUACAACAGGAACCUGUUCCAUCUAUACAGUUUUUCAAGGGCAUGAAAUUAUGUUCCAUGUUUCAACCAUGCUACCAUAUUCGAGAGAGAACAAGCAGCAGGUAGAAAGGAAGCGACAUAUUGGAAAUGACAUUGUAACUAUCGUAUUUCAGGAAGGCCAAGAGUCUUCUCCAGCAUUCAAGCCAUCCAUGAUUCGCUCUCAUUUUACACAUAUUUUUGCCUUAGUGAGAUAUAAUAAGCAGAAUGAUAGUUACAGGCUGAAAAUAUUUUCAGAAGAAAGUGUUCCUCUCUUUGGGCCUCCCCUUCCAUCCCCACCUGUGUUUACAAAUCACCAGGAAUUCAGGGAUUUUGUGUUAGUGAAAUUAAUAAAUGGGGAAAAAGCCACCUUGGAAACCCCAACAUUUUCUCAGAAACGCCAACGCACUCUAGACAUGCUGAUCCGCUCUUUAUACCAAGACCUGAUGCCUGAUCUACACAAGAACAUGCUCAAUAGAAGGUCCUUCAGUGAUGUGUUACCAGAGUCCCCAAAAUCAACACGGAAAAAAGAGGAAGCUCGGCAAGCAGAGUUUGUCCGACUUGGUCAGGCACUGAAAUUGAAAACCACUGUGAAAGGGGAUGCCACAGCUAACUUGGCAACCACAAGCUUUUGUAAAAAAGAGCCUUGGGAAUCUCAAUCUUUCUGCAGUAAUUUUCCUCAUGAGGUUGUCUGUGCAGAUUCUUGGGGCCAGUCCUUGCUGGUUUCUACAGAUGCUGGCAUCUUGUUAAUAGAUGAUGGUCAGCCAUCAGUGCAAGUAUUUGAUAAAACUCUCCAAAUAAAACAGAUGCAUGUGUUGGAAGCUCUGGAUCUUUUGAUUGCCCGAACAGACAAAGGGAAAGACUCUCGUCUCCUCGUCUUCAGACUCAGUGUUGUCCAAAAAGAUAUAGAAACAAAGCAAAUUAUAAGAAGCAAAUAUGACUGCAGAGAAAAUAAACUGGAGAGAACAAAAGGCUGCCAUUUGUAUGCCAUUAAUACCCACCAUGGCAGUGAACUGAGGAUUGUUGCAGCUAUUCGGAACAAACUACUUCUGGUCACAAAGAAAUACCAUCCAUGCAACAGUUUAACCAGCAGCUCUCUGCUAUCGUCGUCCGAAUCUCCAGUAGAGGAGUUCCAGUACAUCCGGGAAAUAUGUCUUUCUGACCCUCCAGUGGUUAUGACGCUGGUGGAUGGACCUACUGAAGAGAGUGACAAUAUGAUCUGUGUAGGGUAUCGGCAUCAGUUUGAUUUAGUUAAUGAGAGUACUGGGGAGUCCUAUAGAUUGCAUCAUGUUGAAGCAAACAAGGUUAAUUUUGUUGCAGCUAUUGAUGUAUAUGAAGAUGGUGAAGCUGGUCUACUGUUGUGUUACAACUAUGUUUGCCAAUACAGAAAGGUAUAUCCUUUUAAUGGAGGUUCUCCACUGGUCCAGCCAUCAGCUUAUGACUUCCAGUUCAGCUGGAAUCAAGUUCCUUAUGCUGUUGUCUGUGCUUUUCCUUAUAUCCUUGCCUUCACUACUGAUUCCAUUGAGAUCCGAUUAGUGGUGAAUGGGAAUUUAGUCCACACAGCAGUUGUGCCUGAGCUUCAACUUGUAGCAUCAAGGUCAGAUAUUUAUUUUAAAGCUACUGCUGCAGUAAGUGGAUCAUCUGACAGCAGCUCUAAGGAAAUGAGUUCAAGGAGUUCUCCUCAAACACCAACAGCUUAUGAAAUGCCAGAAUGUCCUCUUUCUUCUCUAGAAGGUGAAGUUCCAUGCAAAAACCUGUACAAAAUUCCUCUCAGUAAUCUGGUUGGGCGAAGUGUUGAACGACCUCUGAAGUCACCUUUGGCUUCCAAAGUCAUCACUACUACAGCAUCCAGUGGCAUUGCCUCUCUUCCAGUUACUCACUCACUAUCCUUAUCUCGUAUGGAAAUUAAAGAAAUUGCAAGCAGAACACGUAAAGAAUUGCUGGGCCUCUUGGAUGAGCCUAUACCCAAGUCACAAAGUGCACAGAAGCAAAAAAAGGUUCCUCGAAGACAGUCAGACCCCAAGCAGGAAGCAGUAAGAUCAACUAGUAGUGACAGGAUAAUAUCAAGCUCUUUUGAAAGCUACUCUGAAGGACGUCAUCUUUCUACUAGUUCAGAUCCCGAUACUUUACCAAACAGGGAGGAGAGCUCACCAUCUAGCUAUCCAUUUCAGCUGAUUUCUUUAUACGAUGAAGAUGACAUUGACUUGAAGUGAAGACAGUCUUAAAACCCGUCUUCCUUACUUAACGUUUUCUUACAACUCUGUGAGCUCUAUGGGAAUGUUACAAACACUGCUUUUAGUGGUAAAAUGUGGUUGGAAGUAUUAUUGGUGAUUAAUCUUUAUAGAACCCAUGUUGUUCUGGCUAGCUCAGCCUGAUUUGGUGAUGCUUAUAUCUUUGACAUAGGUAUGUUUUCUUUUCUCCAUUAAUGGUCGUUACUUUUUGUGGCAUUCUAACAGUAGAUAAUCAAUGAGAGAUUUAGGCUGAACCUGAAGUAAACAAAAAGUAUUACUAGUUCUGAGCUUCUUAUAAUUUGAAGUACCUGUAUGACAUUCAGCUAAGUUAACUGCUGUUAUUACUACCAGAAGUUGUUUUACAACAGUUUGUCUUGUGGGGGAAGAAGAAUUUUAUAAUUUAAAUCACUCCUUUUGGUUUUUCAGUCUUUAAAAAACCAAACCAAACAACUUCAACAAAAAAAGGUUUGCAGGCAAGGUCUUUCCAAACAGUGCAGUCUGUCUGUGAAGUGAUGCAGCUGUGGUAUGUUCACUGAAGAAUCAAGGAUGUUUGAUAAAGAUCAGGUAAGAUAUAAGAUACUGCCUUAUUUGUUCUGGCCUGUCUGUGCACAUUUUUUAGAGAAACUUAAAAACUGUUUUGGCAUUAAGAAUCCUUGAGCAGGAGACUUUUCAUAGAAGACACAAACUUUCAAAAUAUUCCUUAAGAAUUGGAAGUAAAAAACCAAAACAAACAGCUGUAUUUCCCCAUCUACUGGAAAACUUAUUCUAGUGCACCUACAGGUUUUCCCGUUACAGGCAGAAGAGCCAGCCCGUUUUUUUCUUCAGACUACACAAAGAUUCCUAUGCAGGCAUCAGCGUUAGCUGUUGUCUGCUGUUGCACCAAUAGUGUAAGUCAUUAUUCCAGAUGAUGAUAUCUUUCUAACUGGAUCUGGACUGAAAUUUCACUUCGAAGAAGCUAGUUUUCUAUGAUUAAAUAGUCAUCUUAGAUCUUCUGUUAUGUUAAAGGACAGGGUUUCAUGUGUAAAGCUUGGGUGUUUUUUAACCCUUACCUCUAUGCCAAAAAUCAGUUUAAAACAGUAUUCUGAAAAGGUUUUGUUUUGUUUGGGGUUUUUGCUUUGGUUUGGUUGUUUUUUGUUUUUUUCAUGAAAAUGCAAUGCUUCCAGGCUUUUUAUAUAUGAAGAUUUUUAGCUUUAUUAGCAAUUAUUUCUUGUUCUAUAUGUAGAAUUACUUCUGUAUCCUUGAUUUGAUUUUGUAAUAGUAUUCAUGUGUCACGAUUUCACUUUCUGUCCAAGCAUGACCACCUGGAGAUGUGUGCCUUUUGCUUCAGUCUGUCUGAAUCUAAAACUGUUUUUGCAAAGUAUUUUUUGCUGUUUAUUGUAUAUAAUGGCUUAAUUGCUCCACCUAGGAAAAUAUGCAAGGCCUUACCUGAAAGGAUCAUUUUUGCCUCUCAACUGGAGUGGCUGAUCAAGGAAAGGAGCAGUAUUUUCACAGUAAUUAUUAUAGGAGCAGAAGCAGUAUUAACCAGUGGCUACUAUUAUUUUAGUAUUUUUGCUAUUAUCACCCCAUAGAUGUGAGGGGUGAACCUUAAUAAGCAUCUAAAAAGAAGUGCCAGCUCCAAGUCUUUGCAAGAGCUUGUAAUUCUUUUGAGUGUAAUUUCCAGAGAUUGCGUUAAUUUACCUUGUCCUGUUUAUCUGGGCAGCUAAGGUUUAGGAAAAAAAAAAAAACAAUCUGAAAGUAUCACGUGGUGCUUAUUAUCCUGAAACUUGUAAACACUUCUGUGGACUUACCAAAUCCAUUUUAGGGAGUACUGCUUGCACUUAGGUAUUUUUAGAAAGCAAAAGCACCACCUUUUUCCAUAAAUGGAUUUCUCAGUGUGGUAUUUAAUUUGUUAUGUGAGUGUUUUCAAAGACUGUACCAGUGUGUUGCAAAACUGGGGAUUUAGUUAAAAUACAAUUGUAACUGAAAACUUUGCUUUUCACUGUUAGGGUAUCGGACUUUAAAUAUAUUGCAGAUGUUCACCUAUGGUACUCCAGCAUGAUUUAACAUGACUAAACCAUUGUUCAGUAGCAGUUGAAGCAUAUAUGGAGAUUUUAAAACUUGUUUUGAAGAACUGGAACACACACAUAUUUAGGUAUCCUGAGAGACAAGCCUUACAGAUGGGGCGCUAGGGGGAUCGAGAAGAACGAAGAAAACUUGACAGAAAGCUUGACCACAGCCUGUGAUGGUAGUUAGGAUGCAUGUAGAUGUGGCAUUUGUGUCAUAACCAAAACAUGAUUAUAGAAAGAGGGGCCAUAAAGCAAGAGUUACUUUCUUUAACCAGAACCACAGCAGCAGCUAUAAAGUAUUGCUGUAAAUUAAGGGAACGUGUGUGUCUGCGUGUGUGUGUGACAUCUUCUGAAGGUAUGCCUGUUAUCACAGCAUUGAUGACAUCUAGCAGUAACAGACAGCAGAAAGGACUGUAAGGAGUACAAAUUAAAUUUGAUUGCUUAAGCUAGACAAAACUAUCAGACUAGCUUCAUGGCACUUAUCUGGAACCAAGGCACUGGUAUAGUUUGAAGGGGGAAGCCCAGCAACUGCCACCCACCACCUCCCACCUGAAUUUUAUGCUACAGCUUGACUUAAAGGGUCAGGUGCAAGCUGCUACACAGGUCACAAAGGGAACUACCAGGCCUAAUAGACUAUUACUCAUAUAGGACAAGAAAGAUCUGAACCGUUCAAACUACCUGUCUUCAUUCCUAAUGUAUGCAGUAAGUGCCUUAACAGGGCUGCCACUUCUUGAGUUUUUGCUUCUGUAAUUGAUCUGCAUGUCUUGCAGGGAUGUAGGAAUAACAGACCUAGCAAGAGAAGUUGGGAGGGAUCAGGCAACGUUAGUUUGAUUUAUAUGACACCUAGAGGUGGUAGCAGAGGCUUCAGGGUCAUGUAUAUGUAACUUCCUACCUACUUACUGCAUGACAGCAGCCCAGAGUAUAGGUGGAAGGCAGAGAACAUGGUAGUAAAGUUCCAAUUUUGACACAAGCCACGAGAACCAAAUUCUGUGAAGGUCUUCAUCAUAUCUAUUGUAUCAAAAGAAAGUAUCAUGCAAUAAUGUGAAAUUGCUGGCACAACUGGACAAAUAGCCACCGUACAAGGAUGUGGUUUCAGUGGGCUCUUAACAGUCUCAUCAGAGUGCCCUGAGUUAUAUGCCUUUCAGUGUGAUGAGUUGGCAUCCUCUGAAUUAGCUCCUAGUCAUUGUUUCUCUCAAAAUAUUGUCUUAGACCCAUACCAUUCCAGCUGCUAAUUAAAGUCAAAACAAAAGCCAUCUGGUGGUAUUGAUAUAUAAGCUCUUGCAUAUCAUUGAUAAAGGCAAGGGUUUUAUACAUCUGUGCCGGCUCCCCUACUUCAGACCAGUGUCCGAUGACAAGGCUUGUUGGAAGGCUACUGGGAUGGACAGCUAUAUUGUCGUGCUCUCCAGCUUUAAAGACAUGGUUUUUCCCUUCUGCUUUUCCAGCAUGUGUAUGCAUCUACUCAUUAAAACUUAGAAAGCAGUCUUGGGCACAAACUGUAGCCAUGCCCACCCUAAGUAUAGCCCUUCCUACUUUCAUAUCUUACGUUAAAGCUGCCUUCAGCCUGCAUUCCUGGUGUUGGCUGACCAUCUCAUGGAUGAGAGAAAAGAUAAUCUUUGUAUCUGCAGCUAUGUAAGAUUAAGGUGGGCAUAGUUCUAAUUGAGAGGAAUACUGAAAAAUCUUGCUACAGAUGGAUGGAAGAAGUCCCUUCUGUGAAGGAAGAAUUGUUACCGAACUGAACACUUGCUAUCAAGCUAAGCUCAACUGAAGGCUCAAUCUGGACUCGUAAUAGAUAAGUUUCUGCAAGAAAUGUUUACUAUCCCAGCAUGCAGGAUUUGUUGGAGAAGGUGAUGCUCAACCCCUUCGGGCUAAUAGUAGAAUCACCACUUGAGCACUGUGCCUUAAGUCUGACUAAAUCAUAGGAAUGUUGUUUACUUUGGUGGAAGCAUUAGACCGUACAGGCAGUUAGUUCAGAAUGUGCUUAUGCCUCCUUACCAACAUGGGUAAUGAUGCAUGGAAUCACAGAAUAGUUGAGGCUGGAAGGGACCACUGCAGAUUAUCUAGUCCAGUACCCAAACCCACACACCUCCAUUCAAAACAGCAUCAGUGUCAGGUGGUUCGGUGCCACAUUGUUGCAUUUUGAGUCCGUUCAAAAUGGGGAUGCAACAUUUUGAGCUAGGUACCAUCUUUGUCCUGUAUUUGCAUUACAGCAUGCAUAUAAACCGGACAGCUUUCAAGUGUGACUAGGACUCGAGAGCCCAGAGACACACAAGCUAAUUCUUUCACACACAUGCAAUAUGUAGCUCUUAAGGCUGAGGAUUUGAUGAGCCCUUCCCAAGGUCUACAGUUUGGGCUUUAGAAACUGUUGCAGACUUAACAGUCCAGCUCUUUCUUCUAGUGGCAAUGCAGUACACAUAAAUUUUAGAAAUGUUUGAAAGUAACAAAACACUUCCUUCUAAGGAGAGGUAGACUCGCAUGCAAUUUGAAAGGCUAGGUGCUGUUUAUGGUAGUGAGAGCUCUGGACUUCUAGGUUGAAUGGAAGUACGGAUACCUUCAGCAUCCUGUUCUGUAAGGAAUAAGUAGGACCUGUUCUGAUUACAAUCCUUUCUGGGUUUGGGGCUGGGGUGGGGGUUUCUUUUUUCUGUUUGGUUGCUUUGGUUUCUUGGGGGUUGGGGUGGGGGGCAGGGAGAGAGGCUGUGGGGUGGUUUUGUUUGGUGUUGGGGUUUUGUAUUUUUUUUUUCAAUGCAUAGCGUACACUAUACAAGUGGCACCCAGAAUGAAUAGCAGGUUUGCUGUCUGCCCUCAUGUAACUAUUUCUGUACAUAUGCAAGUACUUGUAAUUGAUUGGUAGAUUCAAAUUAAUUUUUUUUUUUUUUUUUUUUUUUUUUUUUUUUUAGUGCUAGGCUAGUCAAUUGAAUAACCAACAGCUCAUAAGGCAGGGGACAGGUAGCACCCCUGUGAAGUGUAACACUAUUACAUACCCAGUUAGAUAUGGUCAAGGUUGCUGCUCCUGACAUUUACUUUCUGCUGUUCUAUGUAUAGUCCACCAAGCCACAGAUUCAAGAUCAUCCAUGUUUUCCUAAAGGUGUGGGUCUACACCUUGUGCUUGCAGAUGCAGCAGCUUUCCCAGAGCUGCUGGCUCAGUCUGCAUCUGAGAUAUUUAAUCCUUUGGGUUUGGAUUUGUUUUUUUAUAUAUAUAUAUAUAUAUAUAUACACACACACACACACAUAUGUGUAUAUAUAUACGUAUGUAUGUAUAUACAUAUACAUGUGUAUGUAUCUGUAAUUUCUACCACAAGUUUUAAGGGGUUAGAAGUCCUAAGCGUAUUCAGGAAUUUAAAGUUAUGUGAUCUUACAAGGGGAGGGAGGGGGACAUGGGAAGAUCCCAAAUGCAAGUGAUAAGGUAUUUCUGAAUCAUUUUUUUCGCAUUCUUUGUAUGAAAAUGACUGCCAUACUACUGUCAUUACUUCACAUAUGCAUGUUCAUAUGCAGAGUGCUUGCUCAAUCUGUUAAAGCGGUAUUUUCUCAAAUAGGCUUAGCCUGAUUUUGUGGAGAAAUAAAUUACACCCUGAGAAUCUAAUAUUAACAAUAUGGGAAAGCGCCUGUGACAAUAUGCAGCAAACAUCUGUACUUGCAUGCAGGUUAGGAAGUAUUUUUAUACUCUUACUUAGUUGAGCACAGCAACUUCACCAGCCUGUCUACUGCCUAGCUGCUUCUUUGUUGCUGAUCUGCAACUGACUGACUCCUGUUUGCUACUGGAAAUCAUGGUAUUAGCACAGGAUUUGAAGAGAAAAUUUAAGAAUUAUUUUCUGCAUAUUUAUUUAUAGUUCUAUUAGGUAUUUAUCUGGUUGAAUGGAAAAUGUUAUGUCUCUAAAGGUUCAUGCAAAAAGCGUUAUCAAUCUGGAAUGUCAGUUUUAACUAAGUCUUUGAAUGUUAGCAGACUGCUUUGUAAUUUAAUAAUUGCGUAUUGUUAGGACCGUUGCUGUUUGUGAUCAGAAACUCUUAUCUACCACUUGUCUUAAAUGCUGACGUAUUACCAUUGUUUUUAAUGUCACGUGAUAGUGUGUAUGGCUUGUGUUUUAGAUGUGACAUCCAAAUAGAAACAGUCCUAUCACAGCUGGAACUGUUUUAAGUGCCAUUUACACUUUUGUGAAGGAAUAACAGACUAUUUAUUUCUUCAUAUGUAAUAAACUAUAAAUUUGACCUCACUUCUUUCUUUCACACAUGCAGAACUAAUAGCUUUUCCAAAUUUGGCUCACUAGACAAGAAAUUAAAAAGACAGGAUGUAGUAUGAUAUUGCAUACAGCUCAGCUCUGGAUUACUGUUUCCAUUUGAGUUCUCCAGAAAUUUUGUUUCAGAAAAGUCAUUCAGUUAGAAGUGCUGUAUCAUACCUGUGAGAUUGCUAUUUGUGUCUUAAGCAUUACCCAUCUUUGGUAAGAACUGUAAUCCAGCAUUGGCUUGUGUUUCCAGGCAUCUUUUAGACUUUCAGAGACCUGCUCCAGUUGAAGAUCUUUACUGAUUAAAUUAAUACUACAAUAGAUGGUUUUUCUCCUUUUCUGGCUAAAAGUGUAUUCUUGCUGUUGCCAAGACCUUGUAAUUCCUUUUGAGAAAGCAGUGCUCCUUCCUGAAUUCCAAAAUACAUUUUCCUAAGAGCUA